CGUCUAGACACUGGGCGAAAGUGCCCGCCUUUUGGCUCAAUCGCUCGCUAUUCAGGUAGUCGACCGCCUGUCUUACCUUUCUUCUUCGACAAUCCUAAGAGAGGUCAAUAAUCCUCUCUAUCGACCUUCAUUAUGCAUUACGCUUAUCCCUCUCGAAAAAGUUCGAAUCCGCCACCUUAUCUACCUCGUUCCACGCGAAUACCGAGAAUACGGAGGAGUCAACUCAAGCCGAUCGCUUUCUUUGGCCUAAUAAUUAUUGGUUUGAUAUGGGUGUUUUCCGGCAGCUCGAAACACGCUGGGCAUCGCGCGAUAUCGGGGAAACCCCCUGUCGUGCUGGUAACCGUGUUCGAUGACAAGAAUGACAACUCGGUGUAUAUCAAGAACAUUAGGGAAAAUAGGAUGCAAUAUGCGGAAAAGCACGGGUACGGCACAUUACUUGCCAAAGCUAGCGACUAUAACCUCAACGGAUCACCUGCGUCCUGGGCGAAAGUUGUGGCAAUGCGCCAUGCCAUAACCAAGUAUCCCGAUUGCAAAUAUAUGUGGUUUCUCGAUCAGAAUGCGCUCAUUAUGAAUCCGCAUUUGAAAGUGGAAGAUUACGUCAUGGGCGCCAGCAAACUCGAAGCCUCCAUGUUCAAGGAUCUCCCAGUGGUCCCCCCGGAUAGCAUUAUCAAGACAUUUUCACACCUCAAGGGAGAUGAUGUCGAAUUCGUUCUUACGCAGGAUAAAGAAGGCCUAUCUUCGACUAGUUUUAUCAUCAAAAACGGCGAAUGGGCCAAAUUCUUUCUCGAUACUUGGUUUGACCCGUUAUAUCGGAGCUACAACUUCCAGAAAGCAGAGACGCAUGCAUUGGAGCAUAUUGUUCAAUGGCAUCCAACGAUCUUGUCGAAAAUGGCCAUCAUUCCUCAGCGAAUUAUAAACGCCUAUAACAAUAACGGUCACGGCGAGCAGUACAAGGAUGGGGAUAUCGCGGUUGUAUUCGCCCACUGUUCUAAUGUUGGAGAUAAUAGCUGUGCUAAGGAGGCCGAACGAUUUUCGCAACAGUGGCGGACGUCAUUUUCCAGGGCAUGAGAGUACACGCGAUAAUGUAUGACGAAAACAAAUGUUCCGAUGCAGGUACUAAACUCGACGCCGCGACGACCAAAAGGAGAGCGGCGGCAUUCAUGUGUUUGUUAUAGGCGUUCAAGGAGCACAAGGAUAUUAGAUUCGGAUAUUCUAUGGCCCACUACUAUACUAACGGGACACACUGGCAUUUACAUAGGUGUUUUGACGGCUUGGAGAUUGGCUUCAGUCCGAGAAGCGCUGCUGGAUGGAUGAUGUAUUACAUAUUUUCUCGGGCCAGACCCGGCGAGGUUCUUGACGUUAGGCCUAUCAAACCGAGCGUCUGAUUAUUAUGUACGUCUUGAAAACGAAUACGGUACAAUCGAAGAAUAGGAUUUAAUGAAUAUCCCCGAUGGUUAUGUUGACCCAGUAAG